UUUUCUGUCCCAUUGAAGGCGCACCUUUACCACUUGCAUGUUUUGUGCAUUUUUGUGAUUUGUGUACAUUUCAAUUAAAAACUUAGUUAAAAACAUCUAGACUGGAUAUUUGGGUUCACCUUUUUGACAAUUAAUUAAUAAUUAUUUUUAUAUUUAUAACUUUAAAGUAUGGAUCUCAUAAAACAUGAAACAAACAAUGAAAUUAUAUUUGAAAAAGCAGUAACAGAAGUAUUUAAACGAAUUUCAGAGACUGUGAACGAAGAAGAAUUCCGGAAAAUUUUAACAAUUCCGUCCACAAUCAAUUCAAAAUCAAAAAAGUUUUCAAAAAUAUUCACUGAUGAAUUAAACAGAAGUAUGAAUGGAACAUUAGAUGAUAUUAAAAGCAAAGAAGGAAGUUUAACCGAGGGUUUUGUAAAACUUAGUAACAUUACUGAAGGAAUUAUUACUCCCAUAAAUUAUGCAUGGAGACCUCCAGGAGAUGUAAAAUUACAUCUAAGAUCUCACAAUUUCGAAAAAGUAGUUAAUGAAUGUGAAAUAUUAGAAAGACAAAUUUCCGAAAUUCAAAUGAAAAAUGAGGAGAAACUUAAAAAAUUAUCAGAAAGCCAAAAAGAAAUAGACUCUCUUCAAGAAAAAACAACUUAUUGGUUAAACCGAAGUAAAUCAGAUGUACCGUACAUGCAAGAAAUUAUUGACACAUUAGAAAAAUAUAUCAGUAGUAUUGAUGAAUUACAAUAAAAUUUUGUCUAAAGUCUUUUGUAUAAAACGUAUAAAAUUGAUAUUACAUAGUUAUUUAUUAAAUUUCAUAA